GAAAAUGGCGCUUGAAAGAUUGACAACGAGGAAUACCGGUUGCAGUGGAACAUUAAAUUGCAAAAAGCGAGGAUCUAGCAUGGCUCAGAAGAACUCAAAAGGUUUUAGUCAAAAUGCUCUAUUCUUUCUGACAGCAGCUUUCAUGCUGCAUGUAGCUAUGGGAGACGGAAGGACACUCGUUCUGUUGGACAACCCGAAUAUCAAAGACACUCAUUCAAUUUUCUUCCGCAGCCUAGCAGAUCGUGGUUUUGACCUUACAUUUAAGACUGCUGAUGACCCUGGUCUCUCGCUUAUUAAAUAUGGCCAGUUUCUCUACGAUCACCUCAUCAUUUUCUCCCCUUCCGUGGAAGAUUUUGGAGGUAACAUUAAUGUGGAAACCAUUACGGCUUUCAUCGAUGGUGGUGGAAACGUCCUGGUUGCAGCCAGUUCUGAUAUUGGGGACCCACUGAGAGAGCUGGGCAGUGAGUGUGGUAUUGAAUUUGAUGAGGAAAAGACUGCUGUUAUUGACCACCAUAACUAUGAUGUGUCAGACCCUGGUGAACACACACUGAUUGUUGCUGAUCCAGAAAAUCUGCUUAAAGCUCCAACUAUUGUUGGCAAGCCAACUGACAAACCCAUCCUGUUCAAAGGAGUUGGCAUGGUGGCCGACCCAGAUAACCCCCUCGUACUGGAUAUUCUUACAGGCUCCUCCACAUCCUACUCUUACUUUCCUGAUCGUGCUAUCACACAGUACCCUCACGCUGUGGGGAAGAACACACUCCUAAUCGCUGGCCUCCAGGCAAGAAACAAUGCACGUGUGGUCUUCAGUGGUUCCCUGCACUUCUUCAGUGAUGCCUUCUUCAACUCUCCUGUGCAGAAGGCCUCGCCUGGAUCACAGAGAUAUGAACAGACUGGUAACCAGGAGCUGGCUGAGGCCCUGUCUCGCUGGGUGUUUAAAGAGGCAGGAGUCCUCAGGGUGGGGGCAGUGACUCAUCACCCUGUUGGAGAGACAACCCCCCCUGCUGCUUAUACUAUCACUGACCUAGUGGAGUACAGCAUUGUUAUUGAGAUGCUGUCUGAGGGUCGCUGGGUACCCUUUGAUGGCGAUGACAUUCAGCUGGAGUUUGUCAGGAUUGACCCCUUUGUUAGGACCUACCUCAAGAAAAAUGGUGGAAAAUAUAGCGUUCAGUUCAAGUUGCCAGAUGUGUAUGGAGUCUUUCAAUUCAAGGUGGAUUACAACAGACUCGGCUAUACACACCUGUACUCCUCCACUCAGGUCUCUGUGCGCCCUUUACAACACACUCAGUAUGAGCGGUUCAUACCGUCAGCAUAUCCCUACUACGCCAGUGCUUUUUCCAUGAUGGCAGGACUUUUUAUCUUCAGCAUUGUCUUUUUACACAUGAAAGAAAAAGAGAAGGCUGAUUAGGAAAAAUGAGAGGAAGCAUGUUAUUGAUGGUGAUGGUGAAAUUGUAAAUGACUCUGUGUGUGUGAUGGUGGAAGGAGUAAGCUUGGGUUCAUCCAGGGUUUUAAGUUUAAGUUUGACUAGAGAGUGGAGGAGGGACUACAGUCUGUACCACAUUGGCUUGGAUUUAAUUGUAAGUGAAUGCUUAACUGGAUGAUAUCAUUACAAAUUGAAUCAGCAUUUUUCACUUUGGUUUUUUUCUUUUUCUUUUUUUUAAAGCAAUUUUUAUAUAAAACAUCACAACAAAUCUGUACACUUAUCAGAAACUGGUUUAUUGUCUGGGUCCUUGAAAUGUUUGCUAGGUGAAGUUUUUAUGUUAAGACAAAGAAAUUGCAAUUUAAAUGGAUCCUGAUAUAGAGAAUGCACUGAUGUUUCUGCUCUUGUGGUAAAACAGCUUGAAUUCUACUGCAUUUGUAAGAAAAAAAUGUUGAUUCUCCUAAAACUCAGUAAAAUGUCAACAUUCCACCUUAC